AGCCCUCCCGCGGUGGGAGCCGGCGGCGGCGGCGCCGCCAUGUCCUCACCGGGGCGGUGCGAGGAGGCGGACCGAACGCUGUUCGUGGGGAACCUGGAGAGCCGCGUGCGGGAGGAGAUUCUCUACGAGCUCUUCCUGCAGGUGGAGGCCGGGCUCCCAGGGGCGGGACGGGGCCGCAGGGCGGAGGCCUCGGCGAGCCCCAGCCGGGCGCGGCGGCCCUGUUGUUCCCGGGGCCGGGCAGGGGUGAGGCGAGGCCCCGGCCUGCGGCGAGCGGCCGCGGCCGCCGGGGCGAAGCGCUGCGGGCGGCCGGGAGGCGCGCAGCCGGCGGCCGGGGCGGGCAGGAGCGCUGCGGGCGCUGGGCCUGGUGGCCGCCUCGGUGCGCAGCGGGCGGGAGCCGCGCCGUCCCGCCCGUCUCCCCUGCCUCGGUUUUGUUCCCUCCCGGUUGUGCAAGUUGUGGUGCCGCAGACGGGCCCCAAGUUAUUGAGGAAGCUAAACGGUUUGAAAUUGUUUUUAAAAUCCCCAAGGAAAAAAUCUUUUUUAAAAAUUUUAAAUAUGUUCAGGGGAAGAAAUUUUUGAUCAAUAAUUUGAUUAAGAGAAGUUAGUGUAAAACCUGAAAAUGCGUGGAGCAGGGUUUCAAGUCAUUAACAGAGCACGAGAGGCAGUAGGAAUGAUCUGUCCGCAGGAAGACUACAUAUUUAAAAAACUGAUCUGCAAAGGACUUGAGUGUGUUGCUUCUAGUUCUUGAGGAACCAGAUCUGCCUCGUUAGGCAAAUAAUCAGAAGACUGGGUAUGUGUAAUUUCUUUUAAAUCUGCAGUGUAGAGCAGGACAACAACAAAAAUGCCUUAAGGAGCCAACUGAAGCAAAACCAGACAUGUUCAGAAUCUUACUGAAAUCCCUUUAAAAACAAACAAACAAACUCUCCCCCCAAAAAACACAAAACAAAAGAAAACCAAACAAAAAAAACCAGCGAACUUCAAGAUAUUUGGAAAGACAAGAUCAACAUUUUGAAGAUUCCUGCACAGGACAACCUAGGUAGUAUCCAUUGCUGUAUAGCCUGAUCACCUGCACCAAUAAUAAAAAAUGGCCGGACCAUUAACCAAAGUGACAAUUUGUAAAGACAAAGAAGGAAAACCUAAGUCUUUUGGAUUUGUCUGCUUUAAGCACAAAGAAUCAGUGCCUUAUGCAAUAGCUUUGCUGAAUGGAAUCCGUUUGUAUGGAAGACCAAUUAAAGUGCAGUAUCGGUUUGGGAGUUCUCACUCAUCAGAACUAAACAGCCCUACACAUGGUUUUGAGAACUCUAUUGACUUAUAUUCACCUUCGUAUAGGUGUCAAGAGCCUUAUGGAAAUCCUCCAUUUCCUGUUACUCCUUUUCCAGCGAACAAUAGUUUACCUCACGAAUACUCAGGCUUUCAAAAGAUGAAACGCAGCCCUGAAGAGAAUGCUUUUUUCUUCAGUAAAUUAACAUAUUCCUGGUUUAGCAGACUAAUAUCUAUAGGCUAUAAGAAGCCAUUGGAAAGGGAUGACCUAUUUGAACUGAAUGAAAGUGAUUCACCAUACAGUGUGUGUCCUAACUUUGAAAAGCAAUGGCGAAAAGAAAUCCAGAAGUCUACCACAGGAUUCAUGGCUUCUUACAUCAAAAGAGUGCUAUUUAAGAAAAAAAAAUUCCAUAAACCAUCUUUGAUUUUGCCAUUAUGGCAAACAUUUAAAUUUUUAUUGAUUAAAGUUGCAUUUCUGAAAGUUACAGCUGACAUUCUGGCUUUCAUGAGUCCUCAAAUAAUGAAAGCAAUGAUAAUGGUCAGGGAAAAUCGUCCAAGUUCGUAUGAGAGUGGAUAUGGCUAUGCUAUUGCCCUGUUUUUUGUAGGUCUCUCACAAACUCUUCUCCAUCAGUUAUAUCAGCGUAACAACAUGCUAACUGCAGUCAAAAUCAAGACUGCAGUUGUUGGCCUCAUCUACAAAAAGGCCUUAACUUUAGCAAAUGCCUCACGACAAAACUAUACGACUGGGGAAAUUGUUAACCUGAUGUCAGCAGAUGCUCAGCAACUCAUGGAGAUGACUGUAAACAUCAACCUGUUGUGGUCGGCGCCUUUUCAGAUCGUCAUGGCUGUCGUCUUUCUCUGGAAAGAGCUUGGCCCCUCAGUCCUGGCAGGUGUUGCGCUGCUCCUUUUGGUUAUACCUGUAAAUGCACAGAUUGCAGCCAAAGUAAAAAAUCUGAAGCAGAAAAGCCAAAUGAGGUAUUCAGAUCAACGAGUCAAGCUACUAAGUGAAAUGUUACAUGGAAUAAAGAUCCUCAAACUUUAUGCAUGGGAACCCGCAUAUCAAAGGAAGCUCAUGAGCAUUAGAGAACAUGAAGUGGAUGUUUUGAAGUCGUCUGGGUACCUGACGACUUACUCCAUGCUAACAUUGACGUGUAUUCCUUUUAUGGUCUCAUUGGCUACGUUUGGAGUCUUCUUUCAUCUGGACGGAGAGAAUGCUUUAACAGCAACUAAAGUUUUUACAUCUAUUUCAUUAUUUAACAUUUUGCGACUGCCUUUGUUUGAUUUACCAUCUGUGAUCUCUGCUGUAGCCCAGACCAAAGUUUCUCUGAGCCGUUUAGAGGAUUUUCUGUGUGCUGAGGAUCUUAACCCUGAGGAUGUCAAUACAAACUACAGUGGAAAUCAUGCUGUUGGCUUUAUUGGUGCUUCUUUCCGCUGGGAAAAAAAUGGCCUGCCAGUCUUAAAAAACUUGAAUGUCAGCAUUCCUGAAGGCUCUUUAGUUGCUGUUGUGGGACAGGUUGGAUCUGGAAAGUCAUCUUUUCUUUCUGCUGUUCUUGGAGAAAUGGAGAAACUUGAAGGAACAGUUCAGAGAAGAGGUUCAGUGGCAUAUGUUUCUCAGCAAGCUUGGAUUCAAAAUGACAGUUUACAGGAAAAUAUUCUUUUUGGUGCAAAUCUAAAUAUGCCGUACUACAAACUUGUUUUAGAGUCUUGUGCUUUACUGCCAGAUUUGGAACAGCUACUGAAUGGAGACCAAACAGAGAUUGGAGAAAGGGGUGUCAAUAUAAGUGGAGGGCAGAAGCAGAGAGUGAGUCUCGCUAGAGCUGUGUACAGCAAUGCUGACUUGUAUCUUCUGGAUGACACCCUGUCUGCUGUGGAUGUACACAUUGGGAAACACCUUUUUGAGAAGCUAAUUGGACCUUCAGGUCUCCUAAAAAGCAAGACUCGUAUAUUGGUGACCCAUAACGUAACACUCCUGCCUCACACCGAUCUUAUAAUAGUAAUGGAAAAGGGCAGAAUAAGUCAAAUGGGGACCUACCAAGAACUAAUUUCAAAGAGAGCUAAUUUUACUGAGCUUAUUCAAGUCUUCAGUGCAGAGCAUACAAAUGAAAAGACAACCCCAGUGGAAGUGAUUUCUUCAAAAGAAGGGGGCCAGCUGGGCAGGAGUCUGCAACAAAGAGAACUGCUGAAAUAUAAAGAUUCUUCCUUCGAUCAAUGGAAAACACUCACUAACAAUAAAGAAAAAGUUGCCACUGGUGGCAUGAAAAUAUCAGUCGUUUUGAAAUACCUCCAAGCCUUCAACUGGCGAUGGAUGUGGCUCACCAUAGCUGCUUAUUUAGCACAAAAUGCACUAGCCAUUGGACAGAAUCUGUGGCUGAGCACCUGGACUGCAGAAACAGCCAAAAUUAGUGAUUUUACAGAGUGGAAACAAUCACAAAACUAUAAACUUCUCAUCUAUGGGCUUCUGGGAUUCAUACAAGGUCUUCUCAUUUGCUGUGGUGCUUAUGUGCUCACCAAGGGAUCCCUGUCUGCCUCUCGGACAUUGCAUCAUCAGCUGUUAGAUGACGUGUUGCACCUUCCUCUUCAGUGUUUUGAAACUAAUCCAGUUGGUCAGAUCAUCAAUAGAUUCACAAAGGACUUAUUUAUAGUGGACAUACGUUUCCAUUACUACCUACGAACUUGGCUAAAUUGUACACUAGAUGUUAUUGGAACCAUUCUGGUUAUCACAUCUGCCUCACCACUAUUCAUAGUGGUAGUUAUUCCCCUGGGAUGCAUUUAUUUUACUAUCCAACGAUACUACAUAGCGAGUUCACGACAAAUUCGACGACUAGCAGGAGCAUCGCAUUCUCCUGUGAUCUCCCACUUCAGUGAGACUCUUGCAGGCCGCUCAACAAUUAGAGCGUUUGGCCACCAAGGAAGAUUCAUUAGAAGAAAUAAUGAUGUCGUGUAUGAGAACUUAGUGUACUUCUACAACAAUGUUAUCUCAAACAGGUGGCUGUCUGUCAGGCUUGAAUUUCUGGGAAAUUUAAUGGUCUUCUUUGCUGCAGUGUUUGUAGUACUGGCUGGAAAUACAGUGAGUUCUUCUACAGUGGGUUUAUCGAUAUCCUAUGCUCUAAAUAUAAUUCAGAGUCUAAAUUUCUGGGUGCGUAAAGCGUGUGAAAUCGAGACCAAUGCAGUUUCAAUUGAAAGAAUCUGUGAAUUUGCAAAAAUGGAUAAAGAGAAACCAUGGAUAAUGUCAAAAAGGCCACCAGAAGGGUGGCCGGAUAGAGGGAUAAUAGAGUUUGUUAACUACAAGGCUCAGUACAGGAAGGAUCUUGGUUUAGCACUGGAUGAUGUUUCUUUUCAGACACGGAGUAAAGAGAAGGUUGGAAUUGUUGGAAGAACGGGAGCUGGUAAAUCAACACUCACAAAUUGCUUGUUUAGAGUUCUAGAGGGAUCUCAAGGCAAAAUAAUUAUUGAUGGAAUCGAUAUAUCAACUAUUGGACUCCAUGACCUACGUGGAAAUCUUAACAUUAUUCCACAGGACCCCAUCUUGUUUUCUGGGACAGUGCAGUCAAAUUUGGAUCCACUUGGAAAACACUCAGAUCUUGAACUGUGGGAGGUACUGGAACUGUGUGACUUAAAGGUUUUUGUCCAGUCACUCCCAAAGAAGCUUCUUCAUGAGAUUUCAGAAGGCGGUGAAAAUCUCAGUGUUGGGCAGAGACAGUUGGUCUGUCUGGCUCGUGCUUUGCUUCGAAAGACAAAAAUCUUGGUCCUAGAUGAGGCAACAGCUUCUGUUGACAUGGAAACAGAUAAUUUGGUGCAGUCCACCAUCAAAAGAGAGUUUUACAACUGCACAGUAUUAACUGUAGCCCACAGAUUACAUACAGUCAUGGAUUCAGAGAGAGUGCUCGUUCUGGAUGCAGGAAGGAUUCUCGAAUAUGAUACACCACAUAAUUUGUUACAACGAAAAGGUGCCUUUUCUGAAAUGGUUGCAGAGGCUGGCAUAAGAACAUAAAGACAACUAAUGACUGAUUUAUUAAUGAAGAUGAGAAUUCCUUACUCCAGUAAACACUCGAGGAAUAUCUGGCAGUCCACAUAUUUUAUAUGGAAUAUAUGAUAUUCCAUAUAAAAUAACUAGCUUACUCAAAAGCUCCUCACAGCAUUGCUAUUUACUACAACUACUAUCUGUGUAUAUUGAUCAAGUUUCUUAAAAUGUCUUUCUGAUUUUAUACAAAUCACAUAUUUUGAUCAUAUUGGCACUGGAAAACAUAAUGAAGCAGUGAUUUUCAUGGCAUAUUUUAAGUGUUGCACUAGUAAAGACUGAAAAAUAAAUCUUGCUGUUCACACACUGGUUUUAAUUAAAAAAUAGUACUUAGGUUGCUCUGA